UCCACAGUAACGCCCGUCACCCAAGGUAAUCUCUCGUCCUAAUUAAAUCUGAAGCAAUCCGGGCCACAGAUGGAGCCGCUCCGCCUGCCAGGAGGAGCGUCGAGCGCGCGCAGUUGACGCGCCGUGGCCGCUCGCUCCCGUGACGCGUGAAGAAGCUCCGGGGAUUUGCGCCACCAGACGCGUGCACUCGUUCUUUCCUCCUCAAUCACGCGACACGAAGCCGUGAUGGAGAACGACGCGUCGCUGCUUCGCACGGUGCGUUUGCCCGCUUUUACCUGGAGAGACCCCCUAAAACCGGGACGAGGAGUGUGACCGUGACGCGGAAUUAUGUAGUCUUGGGUUCGGGGCAGAGAAAGUCACGUCUGAAGGAGGAAUGGGUCGCAAACCGCCGCUCCUCCGGGCGCUCGUCCUGUCCCUGUGCUGCGCGCACGCGCUCGGCCAGGUGUUCAACCUGACGCUCUCCGUCAAAGAGGGGCUGCCCGCCGGAACCAUCGUCGGGGACCUGGGAGCGGGCCUGAGCGGGCCGAGCACCGGGUUCUUCAUGUCCGAGAGCAGAGACUCGUACGUGUUCAGAGACCUGGAGAUAGACGCGGACACGGGCAUCAUCUCCACGGCCGUGGUUCUGGACCGGGAGAGCAGAGACAAGUACGAGUUCGUGGCAGCGACUCUCACAGGUGAGAUGAUCAGGGUGAAGAUCGAGGUGAAGGACGUCAACGACCACUCGCCGGCGUCCUCGGCGGAGGUCGACCUGGAGAUCUCAGAGCUGAGUCCUCCAGGAAGCCGGGUCCAACUGGACGGCGCUGACGACCGCGAUGAGGGUGAGUUUGGGACCAGGGGCUACAGGAUCACAGACAGCGAGAUGGGCCAGCUGUUCCACCUGGAUCACCGAAGCGGGUCGGACAAGCACGCGAGUCUGGAUCUGGUGCUCGGCGCCAGACUAGACCGAGAAACGCGGGACUUCUACGCGCUGACCGUUGAGGCCUUCGACGGCGGCCUCCCGCCCCGGACCGGGACGCUCCGCGUCAACGUCCACGUCCUGGACGAGAACGACAACCCGCCGGUGUUCGACCAGGCCGAGUACCACGCCGCGGUGCCGGAGAACGCCCCGGUCCUGUCCUCGGUGUGUCGGGUCCACGCCGCCGACCUGGACCUGGGCGACAACGGCCGCGUCACGUACGAGAUCAACCGGCGACAGAGCGACCCCGGCGAGGUCUUCUCCGUCGACGAGACCACCGGCGUGGUCUCCCUCAACAAGCCGCUCGACUUUGAGACCCAGGCCUUCCACGAGCUGGUCAUCAGCGCCAAGGACAACGGGGCGCAGCCCGAAUACGGCAGCGCCUUCGUGGGCGUGAAGGUGCUGAACGUCAACGACAACAGCCCCAGCAUCAGCGUGUUGUUCCUCAGCGAGACCGGAGACGCCGCGGUGCCGGAGACGGCGGCCGCCGGGGACUACGUGGCGCGGGUGUCCGUGUCGGACCCCGACCUCGAGGAGGAGGCGAUCGCCGUCUCGCUGGAGGGAGGCGACGGGAAGUUCAGCUUGAAGCAGACCGAUGGCUUUCUCUACGCCCUGUGUGUGGACGCACCGCUGGACAGGGAGCGCCAGGACCUGUACGAGCUGAGGGUCAAAGCGUCAGACAGCGGGCGUCCGCCUCUGAGCAGCGAGACGGUCUUCUUCCUGAAGGUGUCCGACGCCAACGACUGCCACCCGGUGUUCGAGAGGGACGCGUAUCUCAUCCAGAUCUCGGAGGAUGCUCCUCGGGGGAGCUCCCUCAUCCGGCUGCAGGCCCAGGACGCGGACGAAGGCGUCAACUCCGACGUCACGUACUCCAUCCUCCCGUCCGGCCGGGACGCGCUGGUCGCCAUCGACCCGGAGUCGGGCCUGGUCACCACGGCCGCGGCCCUGGACCGCGAGGAGCAGGCGGAGGUGCGGUUCCUGGUGGUGGCGGCGGACGGGGGAGAGCCGGCUCUGUCGUCCACGGCAACGGUCACGCUGCUGGUGGAGGACGUGAACGACAACGAGCCGGUGUUUGAGCAGCAGCUGUACAACGUGUCCAUCCCGGAACACAGUGACAUCGGAAGCUGCUUCCUGCAGGUCGUCGCCACCGACGCCGACGGCCCUGCGUUCGGCGCGCUGCUCUACUCGCUGUCUGACGGCUUCGACCGGCGGGACGAGCACCCCGUGUUCCGGGUGCACCCGCAGACCGGGGAGCUGUGCGUGUCCCAGGACGUGGACCGGGACGCGGGGCCGGCGGUCCACGACGUUGUCGUCAGAGCCCAGGACCCGGGAGGUCUGAGCGCUCAGGCCUACGUGCACAUCGAGGUGGAGGACCUCAACGACAACGCCCCCGUGUUCGAGCCCGGCGACUACGACGUGAGCAUCAGCGGCCACGCGCCGCCCGGCACCGAGGUCCUCAAUGUGGCCGCCGCCGACGGUGACGCGGGCGCCUUCGGACAGGUGACCUACGACCUCCUGCCUGGCGACAUGUCGGCUUUGUUUGCGCUGGACAGACACACAGGAACGCUCCUCCUCACCUCCUCCCUCGCCCACCUGGGCACCGCCAGCGUCAAGCUCCUGAUAACGGCGCAGGACGGCGGCGGCCUGAGCGCGGCCAGAGCCGCCGAGGUCACGGUCCACGUGCUGCGCAGCUCCCCGGCUCCGGCCGUGUUCCAGAGGUCGCGCUACGGCUUCACGGUGCCGGAGGACGCGCCCCCGGGAACCGCCGUGGGGGCGGUGGAGGCUGCCAGCGCCGCAGACUCUCAGGAGCCCGUUUCCUACCGCAUCUCCUCUGGAGACCCUCUGGGUCUGUUUUCCGUUCACCCGACGUCCGGCCUGAUCAGCACCGUCAAACCCCUGGACCACGAGUCCCAGCCGUACGCGCUGCUGGUCCUCCAGUCGCACACGCACGCCUCUCCCGUCUACAGCACCACGCAGGUCAACGUCACUGUGGCCGACGUCAACGACAACGCGCCCGUGUUCCCCGAGCCCAGCGACGCCAUCACGGUUUCCAGCAACACCCUGCCGGGAACGCUGCUGUUCAUCGCCCACGCCCACGACCGCGACAGCGGCGCCAACGGGAGGCUGCGGUACCACCUGAGGAACAGCAGAGACGGCACCUUCCUCGUGGACCCGGACCUCGGCGCCGUGACGCUAAACCAGAGCCUGCAGCCGGAGCAGCAGCGGCACCGCCUGGAGAUCGUGGCCAAAGACGAAGGGGAACCUCCCCUGAGCUCCGUGUUCACCCUCACGGUCCACGUGGGCCGCGGCGCUGCCGAGGACGGCCUGGCCUUCGAGACGCUGGUCUACCAGGUGCAGAUAGGCGAAGGGUACCGCAGGGACUCGCGGGUCAUCCAGGUGAGGGCGCACCCGAGCCGAGGCGCCCGCCCGGCGCCCGCGGGCCUCACGUACUCCCUGGAGGCGGAGGCCGGGUUCCCUCCCGCGCCGUUCCGGGUUCACCCGAGGACGGGGUGGUUGUAUCUGUCCGACAGCCUGGACCACGAGGCGGAGUCGGCCUAUCGCUUCCGGGUGGUGGCCUCCGGCGCCGAGGCCUCGCCCGGCGCCACGGCCACGGUCACGGUGGUGGUGCUGGACGUCAACGACAACGCCCCUGUGUUCAGCAGGGACGUCUACUACUUCACUGUGUCAGAGGGGUCGUCGCCCCAAGGCCUGGUGGGAACGGUCACGGCCGUGGACAAGGAUUCUGGGAAAAACGCCCAGCUGUCCUACAUCCUGCUCUCAGACGGAAAAUUCUUUCGCAUUAAUUCUAAAACCGGUGAAAUCAUCAACUGGGUGGCGCUGGACCGCGAGCAGCACAGCCAGCACAGCCUGAGGGUGAUGGUGACGGACCAGGGUCGCCCUCGUCUCAACGCCACCGCCGCCGUCCACGUCCUGGUCGCCGACGUCAACGACAACGCGCCGCAGUUCACGCAGCUGCCGGCGAGCAAGGAGCUGCACGUGCAGAUAUGGUCGGGCUUCCCGCCGGGUGCGUUGGUUGCGAACGUGUUUGCCAAAGAUCUGGAUGCGGGAGAAAACGGCACUGUUGCCUUCUCACUGGUUGCAGAACAUAAUGACCUCGGGCACUUUGAGAUCGAUGGCGAGACCGGGGACAUCAGGACCACGGAGCUCUUCAGCCGCGGCGCUGAACCGCACUACGCCCUUAAAGUAGCGGCCACGGACCGCGGCGCCACGGCUCAGGAGAACACGGCGCUCGUCCACGUCCAGGUUCGCGGCCUGGACGCUCCGUACGGCGAGCGGCCCGUCGCGAGGCGCUUCACGGUGAGAGAGGACGCGGCGCCGGCGGCCGUCAUCGGCUCGGCCCGAGUCCCGGGUCGAGGGAAGCUGCGCUACUCGGUCGCCGAGGGCGACGGGAGCCUCCACUUUGGCGUGGACGGCUCCUCGGGCGACGUGUUCGUGAACCGGCCGCUGGACUACGAGGCGGCCGGGCAGUACGACCUGCUGGUGCGCGCGGAGGACGCCGGCCUCGGGCCCGGCCAGAACCUGUCGGUGCUGGUCAGCGUGACGGUGGAGGACGUCAACGACCACACGCCCUGGUUUCCCGAUGAGCUGGUGACCUUCGGCCUGAGGGAGGACGCAGCCGUCGGCUCGCUGGCCUUCGCUUUUAAUGCCAGAGACGCCGAUGGCACCUUUCCAAACAGCGCCCUCCGCUACUCGCUGACCUUUGACCCCGAGCUCAGCGGACCCUCGCCGUUCCCCUUCCAGAUCCACCCUCACACGGGGAGUCUGACCGUGGCGGCGCCUCUGGACCACGAGACCACGCCCAGCUUUGCCUUCACGGUGACGGCCACGGACCAGGCGGUAACGGACCGGCGCCGGCGCGCGUCGCUGACGGCGCAGGUCUUCCUGCUGGACGUCAACGACAACCGGCCCGUGUUCGUGUCGGCGGACGCGGCGCAGGCGGCGGAGGACGCCGACGUCGGGAGUCUGCUGCAUCACUUCAUCGCCGUAGACGGAGACCAAGGGGAGAACGGCGUCGUGUGCUACACGCUCAUGGCUGGAAACAGGGGAGGGGUUUUCAGGCUGGAGGAGAAAACGGGCCUCCUGUUUCUCGCCGCACCCCUGGACUACGAGACGCAGCGCUUCCACCGUCUGACCGUCCGAGCGGCGGACCGCGGCCGCCCCCCCCUCUCCUCCACCCAGACGCUGACGGUGGAGGUGGGCGACGUGAACGACCAGCCGCCGCUCUUCGGCCGGGGCGUCUACAACGCCAGCGUGGCGGAGAACAGGGACCCGGGAGAAGCGGUGGUCAGGGUUUCGGCCACGGACAAGGACUCAGAGGAGAACGCUGUGGUGUGGUACCGGCUGUUGCCGGGCCCCGGGUACGAGCUCUUCAGCAUCAACCCCUACACCGGUCUGAUCACCACCACCUCCUACCUGGACCGAGAGCAGGAGCAGCAUUACACCCUCAGAGUUGAAGCCCGUGACAGCAGCUCGCGGCCUCUCUCGGCCACGGCCACGGUUCUGUGCUCCGUGCUGGACGACAACGACAACCCUCCAGAGUUCAUGCAGUCGUCGUUCCAGAUCAGCCUGCCGGAGAACCUGCCCCCCGGGGUCGUCCACGUGGCUCAGGCCUCGGACCCGGAUCACGGGGAGAACGGAACCAUCCACUACUCCAUCGUGGGCGACGACUACAGAGGUCGCUUCAUCAUCAACAGUCACAGCGGCGCCGUCAGCACCACGCAGGUCCUGGACCGCGAGGAGACGCAGAACUACACCGUCACCAUUCAGGCCCGCGACUACGGCCCCGCCCCCCUCAGCUCGUCCACCCAGCUGCAGCUGCUGGUGCUGGACCAGAACGACAACGCGCCCUCCUUCAGCCGCAGCAGCUACCGCGCCUCCGUGAGCGAGGGCCUGCCGGCGGGGGCGCAGGUCCUGCGCCUCGCCGCCCUCGACCCCGACGGCGGCGCCAACGGGGACGUCACCUACUCGCUGAGCGAGGACGGCAGCCAGGGGGCGUUCACCGUCGACGCCCUCACGGGCGUGGUCCGCACCAGCAGGCCUCUGGACCGGGAGCGCCGGGCCCAGUACACGCUCCGGGCCGUGGCCACGGACGGCUGCGCCCGCGGCCCGCUCAGCUCGGCGGCGUCCGUCACCGUGCAGGUGGAGGACGUGAACGACAACGCGCCCGUCUGCGACCAGAACCCCACCAACGCCUGGGUGUCCGUGAGGACCGCGGCCGACGAGGUGGUCGCCGCGGUGACGGCGACGGACGGCGAUCAGGGCGAGAACGGGACGGUGCGGUUCGCGCUGUACGACGAGGAGGAUUACUUUGACAUCAACAGCGAGUCGGGGGAGAUUUCCCUGCGGAGACAGGUGAGAGCCGGCUUCUCCGGGAGGAAGCUGCAGGUGGAGGUGUCCGACGGCGGGCGUCCCGCUCGGACCUCUACCUGCCUCGUCUUCAUCCACCUGAAGGGAGAGCACGACGGCCUGCGCUUCUCAGUCAAAGUGUACAAUGCUACGGUGAAGGAGAACAGUAGAGCCGGCACUUGGAUCACGAAGGUGGAGGCCACUGACCAAACCAGCAGCCACCAGCGAGUCACGUACACCAUAUUCAGCGGGAACGAGAACCACGUUUUCUCCAUUAACCGUCACACAGGUGAGAUCCGGGUGCAGAAGGACAACGCUCUGGACUUCGAGCUGAGCCCCCAGGUCCAGCUGGUGGUUCUGGCCGACAGCGGGCCGCACACGGCCCACUGCCGGGUCUGCGUUGCCCUGCUGGACGCUAACGACAACGCGCCGGCCUUUGAACACAGCAGCUACAGAACCGCCGUGUGGGAGGGGCAGGUGCUCAACACCUACGUCAUGCAGGUGUUUGCGACGGACGCCGACAGCGGGAUGAACGGACAGAUUGAGUACUCCAUCGUGUCCGGUAACCACAACGGAGCGUUCGUCUUGGACUCGGUGCGCGGGAUCCUCGCCACCAAUGUGUUACUGGACCGGGAAAUCAUCCCCUCAUAUAAGCUGGUUCUUCAGGCCGCAGACAGGGGGAACCCUCCACUCAGCAGCACUGCUACCGUCAGGGUCCAAGUGGUGGACGUCAAUGACAACAGCCCCGCCAUCCCCUCCAUGGAGCCCGUGUUCAUAGCCGAGAAUCUGCCGGCGGGUUACAUGGUCGCUCAGGUCACCGCCAACGACGUGGACCUGAGCUCCGCCAUCACGUACGGCUUCUCGGACAACAGCAGCACCGACGCGCCCUUCGCUAUCGACCGUUACACCGGCGUGGUGACCCUGACGCGUGCCCUGGACUACGAGGAGCACACGGAGUACACCCUGACGGUGUGGGCGUCAGACUCCCUCCACCAGACCACAGGAGAGGUCAAAGUUCACGUGCUUGAUGUCAAUGACAACGCUCCAACCUUCAGCCAGGUCUCCUACCAGGUGGAGUUGUCAGAGCUGGUCUCGGCCGACACGCUCGUCGCGUCAGUGUCUGCAACUGACAGAGACUCUGGAACCAAUGGCCUGAUCAGCUACAGGCUGCUUUCAUCUCCUUUACAAGGCUUUUACAUCCACCCAGACAACGGGUCUGUUUUCACCAAUAAGCCACUGAAGGCCAUCACAAACAGCAACGUGAUCCAUCUUCUGGUGGAGGCCAGAGACGGAGGCAGUCCUGUGCAGUCAACCGCCACCUCCAUAGACGUGCUGAUCACAGACGCCAAUGACCAUGCGCCCGUCUUUCACCAGGACACGUACACCCUCACCAUCCCCGAGGACACCCCCACAGACACCACCCUGCUCACGCUCACCGCAGAGGACCAGGACUGGAGUCCUGAAAACACCCACCUGGACUACAGCAUCACUGGGGGCAAUGAGGAGAGGAGGUUUUGUCUAGAAGUGAAAAUGAUUCAAGUUGAGAACCAGUUGAGGAACUUGGGGAAGCUCGUCCUGUGUAACCCUUUAGACCGAGAGUCCACCGAGAGCUACGCUGUGACGGUGAGCGUCUCGGACCGAGGGCUGCCGCCGCUGAACGCCUCCGCUGUCGUCAUGGUGACCGUCACAGACUGCAACGACAACGCGCCUGUGUUCGCUAGCGCCGAAUAUCGCGCGCACGCGAGCGAAAACAGCCACGUGGGCGCCGGCCUGGUGCAGGUCAGCGCCCGAGACCCGGACCUGGGGACCAACGGCCUUCUGCAGUACGACAUUGUCUCUGGAAACAGCAAAGGCCACCUCAGGCUUGACCCGCAGUCAGGCGUUCUGGUGGUCAACCACUCCCUUGACUACGAAGAAGACCCAAAAUACACCCUCACUGUCCGAGCGUCCGAUGGCGGCGCAUCCUCUGAGGACCGCAAAGUGGCCUUCACAGUGGUCUUCAUCACGGUGUUGGAUGAGAACGACAACACUCCGUACUUCACGCUGCCCACCAUCAACUGCUCCGUGCUGGAGAACCUUCCAGCGUUUACCCACGCCUGCACCGUCCACGCGGUCGACGACGACUCGGGCCCCUACGGGAGGCUGACCUACUCCAUCCUGUCCUCCUGCUACACGGUUUAUGGCAGCGGCAGCCCAGAGAGGAGGGAGGCUUUUGCCAUCGACCCCCUGACGGGCGCCAUUCACACCAAACAGACCUUCGACUACGAGCGCGAGAGCGCGUACUGCUUCGUCGUCGAGGCCAGAGACAAAGGCGACAAAGCGGCCACAGCCAGAGUGCAGGUGAACAUCAGGGGAGUGGACGAGUUCAGUCCCGUCUUCACCCAGAAGCAGUAUCACUUUCUCCUCCCGGAGAACGUCAAGACUGGAGAAACGGUCGGGUAUGUGAUGGCGAUGGACCAUGACGCGGGGCUGGACGGGCUGGUGGAGUACUCCCUUGUGAAUUCCUCACCGUUCUUCUCGGUGAAUAGAACGAUCGGAGCCGUGUUUGUGUCAGGCCCAGUUUUUCGCAGGAGCGGCCAUGCCAGUGAGGACCUGGUGGAGCUGCUGGUGUCUGCUGGUAGCCCCAGACCGGGCUCCAGGACCACCACCUGCGUGGUUUCCGUCAACAUCUCCAGCUCGGCAGAGGCCCUCACUGGGGCGCCUCUCGACAGGCACGUGUUGAGUUUGAGUGUCUCGCUGAUUGUGUUUUUCGUUUUUCUUGCCUCGUUGGUGAGCUUAGUUCUCAGGUACAGGAUCAAAGAAGCCGCGGUCAAAAAGGCGGCGGCCAUAGCGACGGCCUUGAACCACGGCACGGGUUCCUUCGGCCGCUCCAGUGGCCCGACGCAGAACCACAUCUCUCUGCAGGAGAUGCGACGGCCCAGCAUCGUGUUGACCAGUAGGGAGGCGUCCAUCCCAUGCAAUCGGUCACACUCAAGUGGCCGCGGCUCAGCGGAGGGCGAGACCGCUGAGGACCAGGAGAUCAAGUGGAUUAACGAGUACCGCUGCCGUAAACGAGACGAACCCGUAAAAGGCCACGAGGCCACUGAAAUGUCAGACUCUGCUUUACCGGGAGAUAAUGUCUCCUGCCACUCUACUGAGCCAGAGCCCAUUUUGUCAGUUAAUAAAUGUCUAGUCGCCGGUUCGGCCAGUACAGAGAGCCUCCACCACUUCAAAGAGGAGGGAGGAGGUGAGGGACUACUUCCCACCGUGCUUCGGGUGAGAGACUUGGAGGAGAGCAUGGGAACCAAAGGAUACGCUCCCCUGUCAGAAGCCCACGCCUCUGCCGAUUCUCUCUCCUCGCUGGUGUUUAUGGAGGAGCAGCUGCGAGGCAGCUACUGCUGGGACCACCUGUUGGACUGGGAGCCGCGCUUCCAGGCCAUGUCGUCCGUCUUCGGCGAUAUCGGGAUGCUCCCUGACGAGGAGCUGCAGGGCGGCCGCGAGGACUUGGCGGCGGAGUCCAGCUGUCUGAUGUACCCCCCGCCUCUCAUAACCGGGGUGGCUCAGGCGGGCAUCAGGACUGUGCCCCCGCGAAAGCUGGGCCGCUUGCCGAGCUUCACCAGGAAGCCCUCGCACCGCAAAUAUGCAUAUUCACCUUUGGCCAGGAACACGGGACUCACCCCCUCAGCAAUGACGCCCUCGUUCUCCCCUUCGUUGUCCUCUCUCACCAUGAGGACCCCCAGUGCCUCACCAGUCGUCUCCGAGACAGGGGUGGGGGGCAUCAGAGUUGACUCCGGGCCCCUGACUGCGAGCUUAUUGGAGGCAGAACUACAAGUGUAGACGUGGGUUUGACAUCUACCUCCAUCAUCCUUCCACCAUCUGAUUGGGUCUGUUUGUCUGGGAUCAAAGCAAAUCAAAGGGAGCAGGUAGAAGGUUCAUGUGGAGGUAAUUUAGCCAUAUUACUACUUAGACUGAUCUGGUUUCCUAACUCUCUUAUGUAAUGAAACUAAAUCUGGAGAAGCCUGAAUUUGUCCUGUGCUUUACGUGCAGACUGUUGAAUAGCAGCAGAUGAUUAAUUAUUGAACGUUUUAUCCUCAACAUGUUUGUGCUGUAUGUGCAGAAAAUGAAACACGUUGUAAUUGCAGUUUGGUGCAGAUUCUAAAUGGAGACUUUUCAAGGUUGGUUUAACGUUAGUAACCACACAAAGGCGACACUGUUGUGUGGUUGCCUCUAUCUUCCUAAAUAAUAAAAAACAGCUUUUUAAUUUUA